AUGACAAGCAAAAAGUCACCUAAUAACGUUUCUCUUCGUAAAACGAAAGAAGUCAUCAUGACAAAUCAGUCAGCUACACCACGAGAGGCAACGGUUGCCUUGUGGCCUGAAUGGAAUGAUCAGGAUGUUAACAGUGAGAAAUGGGAUUCAUCGCAGAAACCUAAAGAAAAGACGAAGUCACCAGCGCAAUCAUCGUCCUAUUUUAUUGAUCCUGAAACGCAAGUUCUUUACCCACCUUCGAUAGUACCUGCGUGCACAAGAAGACCUCAAGAAUUUAUCACCGACAAGACUCCAGUUGUUUAUGAUCCAGAGUGUGUAAAUCACAUUGACUUACUGUACUGCAAUGAACAUUUAUUUAACAUUGAAAUAUUAAGAUGGAUUACAUGUGAAAUACAAAAUCUAUGGCUAGCUUGCAGAACACCAGUAACAACAUCAACACUUGCAGCUGUCAGUAAUCAAACAGAGACAAAUGAAUUCACUGUAAUGAAUCCAUCCAGUUCACCAGUGUACACAUACGAAUGGAAACCUUGGGAGCAUAUCUAUGCAAUGACAAAAAUUACUAAAGAUAAUGUUAAUACACCGCAGUAUAAUCCUUAUGGGAAAUAUAUUGUUAAACUUUAUUGGAUGGGAUGCUGGCGCAAAAUAAUCGUGGACGAUUUAAUCCCAUUUGAUGAAGAAGACAGACCUCUACUUCCACAAACAAAACAACCUCAUGAAUUAUGGCCAAUGCUUUUAACGAAGGCAUUAUUGAAAAUUGCUUCUGUGGAUUGUAGAAGUGCUUAUAGCACUGGUGAAAUGGGUGACUUUAGUACUAUCCAGUGUUUAACUGGAUGGAUUAAGCAUACAAUUGUUGUAAAAAAAGAAUCAACAGAAAAACUGUGGGAUUAUUUGAGUAAUUAUUUAACAGACUGGGAAAGGCCUGAUGAUGUUAUGAAAAGAGUUGAGAAACUAAUGAAACUUGAGCAGACUGAAACGACUGAAAAAGUGGAGCAUCGAGACGUUGUUAAUAGUAAAUCAGCGAUAAGUAAAGAGAAGUCAAAGGAUAAAAAAGGAGGAGAUAAAAGCAAAGAAAGCGCCAAGGAGAAGAAAGAUCAAACAACAGCUCACAUUUCAUCGGAUGAAGUGAAUCCUAAAAUCCCGGAGACAUUAUUAUUUGCAUCGUUCAAAAAUAUUGUUUCAUCAUUGGCAUGUCUAACAGCUUCUGAAUCUAAGACUGCAUUCAAAAUUAAAGAAUUUGGAUUUACUUGUUCAGAUGCUUAUCCAAUUUGCGUGGCAAAACGUCGCGUCAUACCGAUUAUUCCACCGUCUCCUGAAAAGCCUACACCCACAUGGAAGUUGAUAAGACCGAGGCCACCGGAUUUUCCUUUUAAUUCAUGCGAUAACCAAAGUGUAACAGACAAGGAAAAAGAACCCAUACGUUCCCUACUUCUCUGGACACCCGUACAAGAGCAUAUAUUCUACGAACCAGAGAAAAUAGUAGCAAAUCCUUCAGUUUCUACUGCUGAGUCAUCUUAUACAUCUGGUUCAUCACCUGAUACUGGACGACAAACUGCUGGUGCAGUUAAAGGUAGGUCAGGCUCUCAAGGUCCACUUGGACGUCGUAGAAAGGAAUCAGCAACAACUAUUCAAAGUUCAACAAAAUACCCAAAAAGGGCAUCACGUGAAGACAUUCACAAGAAAGGUUCAGGUGGCAAGUCAAAAGAAGUUAAAGGGGGCAAUCUAACGGAAACAGUUGGCUCACGUUCAAGCAAUUCUUUGCAGUUAAGUCGUAUAAAGUCAAAUGCUGAAGAGACUGCCUCAGAAAUUUUACCAGUUAAAUCUGUCUCAGUGACCAGUCCUAAGGAAAUCUGGCUUGAUAUAAGUGAUUUUUGUGAAAUAUUUAGGACAGUGGACAUUUAUCACAAACCGAAUACAUACUCAAUAGUCAGAACUCACUCAAAUUUAAAACCUUCUGAUACAUCGCCAUCAGUUCAUUAUCUGCUUUGCGAUAGUAUUCAUCCAUGUGAAAUUAUCCUGCAAUUAUCGGUUGUUUAUCAGUGGCCAUUACCUGUUGUCAAAACAUUUAGUCCAUCCUAUUCGCGGGGAUUUUCUUAUAUACCUGAAACAGAGGCAACUAUAACCGUCCCAACUAAUGAACAUCAUAGUACUCAUAAUUUACCAGUCAUCACCACAACAUCAGCUUCAUAUACCGGGACUUUAUUUCACACUCACGAAACAACUCACCUGAUGACUCACAUUCCACAACCAAUGAAGCUAAGCAGCCUGUUAUGCCAACUGAUCCUCCAUCAACUCUCUUAG